AUGGUACUACCAGGACAUAGAAAGAUAUCAAACACAGCUGAUAAUGAUAAAUUCUCGUUAAAACAUGAAGAGAUUGGUCGACCACUUUACUUUGAUGCACAAGCAACAACUCCUAUGGAUCCAAGAGUCCUUGAUGCUAUGUUACCAUAUAUAGUUAGUUACCAUGGCAAUCCACAUUCCCGUACACACACAUAUGGAUGGGAGAGUGAAGCAGCUGUAGAAAAAGCAAGAGAGCAAGUGGCACAUUUAAUAGGAGCAGAUCCAAAAGAAAUCAUUUUUACGUCAGGUGCUACAGAAUCCAACAAUAUUUCUGUUAAAGGUGUUGCCCGUUUCUAUGCCCCAAGAAAGAAACAUAUUGUAACAACUCAAAUUGAACACAAAUGUGUACUUGAUUCUUGUCGUGCUCUGGAGGGUGAAGGGUUUAAAGUUACAUAUCUUCCUGUAGGACAAAAUGGAAUAAUUAAUUUGCAAGAAUUAGAAGAGGCUUUAACUCCUGAAACAAGCCUAGUUUCUGUUAUGACGGUCAAUAAUGAAAUAGGAGUCACACAGCCUAUAGCUGAAAUUGGAGCUAUUUGUAAAAAGAAAAAGGUAUUUUUCCACACUGAUGCAGCUCAGGCUUUAGGUAAAAUACCUCUUGAUGUAAAUGCAAUGAAUAUUGAUCUUAUGUCAAUAUCUGGACACAAAAUUUAUGGCCCAAAAGGAAUUGGAGCAUUAUUUAUAAGACGAAGACCAAGAGUUCGUGUAGAACCCAUUCAAAGUGGUGGUGGCCAGGAACGAGGGAUGAGAAGUGGCACAGUACCUACACCUUUGGCUGUAGGACUAGGUGCAGCAUGUGAGAUAGCAGAGCGUGAAAUGAAGUAUGACCAUGCUUGGGUAAAAAAACUGUCAGAAAGAUUUCUUGAUAAAAUGUAUUCAAAACUGACACAUGUAAUAAGAAAUGGUGACCCAGAACAAUCAUAUCCUGGAUGUCUUAACCUGUCAUUUGCCUAUGUUGAAGGUGAAUCUCUUUUGAUGGCCUUAAAAGAUGUCGCUCUAUCUAGUGGAUCAGCUUGUACUUCGGCCUCCUUGGAACCGUCAUAUGUAUUGAGAGCUAUUGGAACAGAUGAAGAUUUAGCACACAGCUCAAUAAGGUUUGGAUUAGGAAGGUUUACAACUAUGGAAGAGGUCGACUACACCGCCGAAAAAACAAUCAAACAUGUUGAGCGACUCCGAGAAAUGAGCCCACUUUGGGAAAUGGUACAAGAAGGGGUAGAUAUAAAAACGAUAAAAUGGUCACAGCACUAA